UAGAAAGAGGAGCUUAGGAGGAUGCCUGACAGCAGCGUAACCCAGCAGAACCAUUCCUCCAAUGAGACACUGCUGGACACCUCAGAGAGGCUCCAUGCCAUUCUCAUAGCCCUGUACAUCAUUGACCUGGCUGGCGGCACUCUCGGGGUCAUCAUGAUGUCCCAUCAGUUGUUUCAAAGGAGAUCGCAAUCUGUGAUGACCAUUAUCAUCAGCAGCCUCCUGGCGCUGCACACCUUUAUGCUACUCAGCAUCCCCUUCCGCCUCAGCUAUUACAUUUUACGGGAAUGGAAAUUUGGGAGGUUCACCUGCAAGCUAGUAAGUGCCAUCAUCUACCUCCACAUGUACGCCACCUUCGCGUUUUACGUGGCUAUCAUCAUAAUACGCCUCUUCCGACUCGAGUUUAGGAAGUGCUACACUACUACCUGGGUGGCUGCUGUCUGGCUGGUGGGAGCACUGGUGAUCACACCUGUUUUUCUCUCAUACUACGGCACCUCUAAGACGUACAACUCCUCUGAAUGCUUUCAGUUCCACAAGGAGAUACAGGAGGUGCCCAUGGUGAUCACAAACUACUGCUUGGUUGGGAUUUUGGUGGCAGUUUGUGCUGUGCUCACCAUAAUCCAGUUGUCUGUGAUCUAUAGACUGGCGGUGAAAUACUGGCCUGACAUCAACUCCCAUGUGGAAUUCAGGGCUCAGGCAAAGAGCUUCUUCUUCAUCUUGGUAACAUUAGUGUGCUUUAUGCCCCACCAUGUAUUCAGAGUAUAUUACAUCCGAAACUGCCACCUGGAUAAAGAUCAUAAACUACUCCCAUACAAUGAAAUUUUUUUAGCUUUAACAGCAAUGUGCUGCUUGGAUAUGUUGUGCUUCAUAGCAGGAAUCACCCACUGAACAGUGAAGUACCAGGAAAUGCAGCUGCAGUGUGUCAGUACUGGCUUUGGCAGACAUAAAACUGUGUUGGGACUUUGCUGAGCUAGGGAGACUGCUGAGUUUUCAGCAUGGCUGCAUAGGUCUGUAGUGUUGUUUGGCUUUUGCAGACCAGUGAGAUCCAUCUUUCAGAGGCUACUGUUUUUUGUCUUCUCUCUUGAAGGCAAACACAUGGGUCUUACUCUAGACUUUGACCUGAGUCAUGCCCUGAAGCUUCAUUAAGAUUUUCCUCAGCUGUCCCUCGCUAACAAUUGCAGCAAAAGUAUCCAUCCUUUCCUAUUUUUUCUUCAAAGUGUCUCAGUAACAACAACCCACUGUGGCUAAUAAGUUUUCCACUCUGAAGGUCUAACAACUUCUUCUGGUAAUUGUGAUACUGAAGGGAAGAGAGGGAAGGAAGAAAUUCUUUUACGGGGUUUUGUACUAGUGAGUUUUAGAUAGCAAGGACAUAAACUCUCUUCAAAUAAAAAGUAUUGAAGGCACAAAACAGGGUAUGAAUGAAAUAUUGUAGUAGCACAUUUCAGCAGAAUCCUUUUCUGCACUUAUACCUAGCGUACGUUAAAUUAAAUGCUAUGAAAACACUUAUCCUUCUCACAACCUCACCUUUAUUUGCUUUUUCCAAAACCAUAGGAAGCUCACUGAGUUGUGGUAAUUACACAUUUAGAGUGAGUGAGAGUGGAACAGGCCACAGGUUUCAAAACUUCUGCCUUAUAUCACUCUCCCAUCAGGACUGGAUCUGUGGCUGUUAUCCCUUAGGUCCAUUGUAGCCAAAGAAAUGCGAAUUACUAUGGUUCUAUAACUGGAUCUGGAAUUCAAAUUGAGGGGUCUGGUCCUUUACUGAAGGUUCAGCUGUUCUCUAGGAGAAGAAAAUGUUU